GAUGGCUGCGGUGGCGGCUGCGCGAACGAUAUCUGUGGGCCCUGGGCUGCAGGGCCUGCAACGGACACUGCCUCUUGUAGUGAUUCUCGGGGCCACGGGCACCGGCAAAUCCACCCUGGCGCUGCAGCUAGGCCAGCAACUCGGUGGCGAGAUCGUCAGCGCUGACUCCAUGCAGGUUUAUGAAGGCCUAGACAUCAUCACCAACAAGGUUUCUGCCCAAGAGCAAAGAAUGUGCCAGCACCACAUGAUCAGCUUUGUGGAUCCUCUUGUGACAAAUUACACGGUGGUGGACUUCAGGAACAAGCCCCAGGAGAUGGGCACUGAGAAAGUGAAUGACCGGAAAGCAGAGCUUGAAAAGGAGGAUGGCCAUGCACUCCACAAACGCCUAAGUGAGGUGGACCCAGAAAUGGCUGCCAAGCUGCACCCCCAUGACAAGCGCAAAGUGGCCAGGAGCUUGCAAGUGUUUGAAGAAACGGGAAUCUCUCAUAGUGAAUUUCUUCAGCGUCAACAUGCAGAGGAAGGUGGUGGUCCCCUUGGAGGCCCUCUGAAGUUCCCUAACCCUUGCAUCCUCUGGCUUCAUGCUGACCAGACAGUUCUAGAUGAGCGCUUGGAUAAGAGGGUGGAUGACAUGCUUGCUGCUGGGCUCUUGGAUGAACUAAGAGAUUUUCACAGACGCUAUAAUCAGAAGAAAGUUACAGAAAACAGCCAGGACUAUCAACAUGGUAUCUUCCAGUCAAUUGGCUUCAAGGAAUUUCACGAGUACCUGAUCACGGAGGGAAAAUGCACACCAGAGACAAGUAACCAGCUCCUAAAGAAAGGUAUUGAGGCUCUGAAACAAGUAACUAAGAGAUACGCCCGGAAGCAAAACCGAUGGGUUAAAAACCGUUUUUUGAGCAGACCUGGUCCCGGUGCCCUCCCAGUAUAUGGCUUAGAAGUAUCUGAUGUCUCAAAGUGGGAGAAGUCUGUUCUUGAACCUGCUCUUGAAAUUGUGCAAAGCUUCAUCCAGGGCCAUGAGCCUGCUGCUACUCCAGUAAAAAUACCAUGCAAUGAAACUGAGAACAAGAGAAGUUAUCACAUGUGUGACCUCUGUGAUCGAAUCAUCAUUGGGGACCGCGAAUGGGCAGCACAUAGAAAAUCCAAAUCCCACUUGCACCAACUGAAGAAAAGAAGAAGAUUGGACUCAGAUGCCAUCACCGCCAUAGAAAGUUGGAGUGUUUCCCCAGACCGUGACAAAGAGCUUAAAGAGAAGGGAUCCCCAGGGCAGAAUGAUGAAGAGCUGAAAUCCAGUGUUUAAAGAGACCUGUCCAGUGGCCUUUGCAAAGGUGGCGGGGAUCCAGUUCAGGAGGGAGGUCAUGUCUGUGUCCCAGGCAGGGCCGAGGAGUGCUGUGUAGGAAGUCCCUACCCUUUUCUUUCAUUCAGUGGUGUGGUUUUAAAGUCAUGUGAAGUGGUGUGUUCUCUGUCAUGUGAACUGCAGGUCUUGUCAAUCCUUGUGUGGCUGAUGCAGCUGGCAAUGAUGAGUUCAGGAAGGGAUUUUUUUUUCUUUUAUUUAACCUUAAAGGUUCUAUUUUUAAGAAAGGCACAGAUUGCACUUUUUUUACACUUAAGGAUCUUUUUGGUGAUGAAGACCAGGAUUCACUAUAUCCCUUAAAAAAGAAAUUGUAUGUCCCAGAGUCUGGCUAAAAUAUCUAAUUUCCAGACACUUUUAUAGAUGACUGAAAUAUUAUGAGCCACAGAUCAGGUCUGGAUUUGCACGGAUGGCAGGAAAAGACUGGCCCCAGUGAUAUGAUUCAGUGAACCAAACCACUUCUUGAAAUUCCGUAGGGAACAAGAGAAUGAGACCAAGGUGGUCAUGACAUGGGGCUUGAAAAACUAGAACCUUUGGCGAUUCGUUGAUUUCUCCUGUGUGAUAAUUACUAUCACUGCUAUCUUUCUAUUGAGUUAGGAAUCUAUACUUUCAAUGAAAGUUAAAUAAAGAGUUUGCAAGAGCCUCUUUAAGGCAAGAGCCUUAAAAAGAUAUAUGUCCACAUCUAGUUUGUACACAAUAUGCUCAAUUAUCAACAUGAUGGCUUUUUCUUAAAUUUAACAUUCUUCAUAUGAUCAUGCUGACCAUUUAUUUAGCAAAUGUUUAUUGAGCACUUAAUUAUAUUCCUGAAAGACAUCUGGAGAGCAUCUUUUAUUGGAGAUUUAUGUUAUCUCCAAUAAAAUUUGAAACUCUCUUUCUGGAAUGAUAUAAAAAGACAUUCAUUAAGAAAUCUCACUUGUACCUCCAUGCCCUUCUCCCCCUAUAAUCACUUACUAGUUUCUUACAUGUCUCAAGAGUUUUUAAACAAAACCUAACAAGUACAAAUAUAUAUUCUUAUUUUUUCCUCCUAUACCCAAAAGAUAGCAUAUAGCAUAUACUGCCUUCAUCUGUCACCUUAACUGUUGGCAGUACCUGGGCAUGUAUGGAUUUCUCCUGCUACCUCUGUCGGGUCUCCUGUUUUUGGCUCUGACCACUCUGAGGAAUUCUCAGAGGCCAGCCCAUGCAUUCAUUCAUCCAGCACAUAUUUUAGAACUUAUGUGCCAUGUGUGCUGUGUUAGACUCUGGGAAUACAAAAAUCCACAUUGAUCAAAUAAUUACAGAAUUCCAGCUGUGAUAAGAGCUGCAAAGAAAGGAUACUUGCUGUAAGAGCAGGUCGUGUGAGGACCUGCCCCACCUUGGUGUGGAGGAGUGUGUGCGCGUGUUGGGGGAGGCAUGUGCUGAGGCGCUUGGUGUGGCACGGCACGAUACUGGCAGGAGUGGCCAGGACGGCGGGUGUGGUACUGCGUGCCCUGGAAAGCGGGGUCUCUCACUUGACUUCAGUGGCUUCUCUCCCUCUCCCCAAGUCUGCAGGAUAUCUUGGGCCCCUUCAGCCUUACCCCCUUUAACUGAUUUGAAUCUCAAGAAUAAAUUUUUCUCUGGUCAAAGAAGAAAUUGGCAUUGUAUCUCCUCCAUGUUGUUCUUUACAUUAAACAUGAUAUAAUUUUCCCAAUCAGUUUAUUAACUACUUCAGGAGCUAACCGGAAGCCACAUCUUUCCACUGGAAGUGGAGAUGAAUACUUAGUGUGAAUCAAGCAGAACCAUGCACUUUAUAUACGUUCCCUUCUCACAUAGCCCUGGGAGGGAGAUGCUGUUUCUAUUUCUGUUAACCAAAGGGGAAACUGAGGCUCAGCAAAGGAGUACAGCUAGCGAGUGGCAGAGCUGGAACUGAGGUGAAGUGGCAGACUUCAGAGCUCAAGCCGUUAAGCACGUGUUAAGCUGGCUGCUUUUAGGGAGGAACCUUAGUCUUUCUGAAAUGCUUUUCACUCAGGUUGCUAAAUGUGUUUGAAAGCUGUAGAAAAGUUUCAAUGGACAAGCAGGAAAAACUAGUUUUAAUAAUCCUACCUCAAAAAGCCUUUAAUCCUUCCAUCUGAAAUACCUGGAGCGGCAGCUUCCCACUGAACUCAUUGCUAUCUCUAUGGCAAUUGGAAAUCAGGAAUUUCUUGAAAGAAAGAAAGAAAGCGCCUCAUGUUAACAAAGCACCUA